CCCCACCACCCGCACAUCACGUGACCACCUCUUCCUCCCAGACCCAUCAUUCGCAGACCAACGGUGCAUUUUUCUGUCGGUUCCAAUCAUGCACUUGGAUGAAGAUUAAUUGGCAAGAUGCUUUUCAAACGAUCCGUUGGAUACUAGCAACUCACUAAACGCAAGUUUUUUUUGUUUUCACGGCAGUUGAUAUUAGAAUUCUUUUUGCAAGUGGAGGAAAAUACAUUUUUGUCGCCAUGGCAGAAAACAACUUCCCUCCGCUGCCUCGAUUCAUCCCCCUCAAGCCGUGCUUUUACCAAGAUUUCAACGAGAUCCCAGACCAGCGUCGCACCAUGUGCAAGCGGCUCUAUUACUUGUGGAUAUUGAAUAGUGCCACCCUGGCUGUCAACCUGAUUGGCUGCCUGGCAUGGAUGUGUGGUGGAGGUGGAGCCACCAACUUUGGUAUGGCCUUCCUCUGGCUCAUCCUCUUCACGCCUUGCUCGUACGUGUGCUGGUUCAGGCCCAUCUACAAGGCCUUCAAGACUGACAGCUCUUUCAACUUCAUGGCAUUCUUCUUCGUCUUCAUGGCCCAGGUUGUGAUCAGUAUUAUCCAGACAGUUGGCAUUCCGGGAUGGGGAGUUUGCGGCUGGCUGGCGACCAUUACCUUCUUCAGCACCAACAUCGGCUCGGCUGUGGUCAUGCUGGUUCCCACCAUCAUGUUUACUGCAGUGGCGGUGCUCUCCUUCAUCGCCCUGUCAAAGGUGCAUAACUUCUACCGUGGCAGCGGUGGCAGCUUGGGGAAGGCCCAGGAGGAGUGGGCCACUGGGGCCUGGAAAAACCCCCAUGUGCAGCAGGCGGCUCAGCAGGCAGCCAUGGGAGCCGCUCAGGGAGCCAUGCAGCAGAACCAGUACUCAGCAGCCCCCACCUACAACUACGAUGAUCCAAUGUAGGACGGGGGUUUUGGGGAAAGAUACAAAAAAGGGAUUUAUUCAAAACACAACUCAUAAUUAGGUGCCCUUCAUUAGCUACGAGAACAAUGUUGGGAGUAAGUGUUAGGUGCAAAUGUACUGUACAUCUGUUCAUCACGUGAAAUGCAUCAUUUUUAUCAAGUUCCUUUUCAGGAUUGUACCAGUAUCGACACUGGCAACCACUGAAACAACAUCACGCUUCGGAGAGACCAAUUUUGUAACCUUUCCUCAUGUCAAGCAAAGUUUGAGGAGCGCCCGAGUACAAAGCUAUCUUUUUUUAAUCCUGGAAAGGAAAAGUGCACUUUAAUGCAAAUUUUGCCCAUCAUCGCCAAUCCUUAUGUGAGACACCAACACACACGUCAUUCUCUCUUCUGUGCGUCGUAAAGAUAAAAACAGAUAAAAAGAGGAAGCUCGUUACUGCCAGCAAUGGCGAUGUGGCGGAGCAACAUUGUUGUUAUUAUUAACACUGUUACACCUUAGGCCUUUCAUGCUAAUAGAUAAAGCGAUUAAUCGAACCAUAAAAAAAAUAACAUGUCGAUAAUUAUGACACCCUCGAUAAAUUGAUGUGCACAUUGGUUCUAUGACGGAAUGAAAAGAGAGAGUGAACCCUCCUCUCAUUCGGCCUCUUUGUGGGGGCGGUGCUACUAGUGAGUGGCUACAGAGAGUUAGCGCUCAGCCUCGUGAGCAAGCAUACGCUAACAUAAAUGAAGCGAUAGUUUCUAAGGCGAACGCAAACGUGUGCGAAUAUUUAGGUUUUCAACAGAAUGACAGAGGAACCGAAAUGUCGCAUGUGUACGAAAGCAGUGACGAGGGAGAAGGGGAACACGAUCGACUUGUAUGCACACCCGAAACACAACCGUCCUUUUCAGUUUUCCCAAUUGGGAAAAAAAAACACCGCUGGAGGUGCAGAGGAGCCAAGGCUCACUGAGGCGUUUGGUCGGCAAUGUAAAUAUAAACAACAUAGCACAAAAUGGUGCGUGCUCAAAGACAGUGUCGCUCGCUGCACUGCGAAAGAAAUGCAACCACUCAAUACAAUGGAGAAAAAAAAUAUUGUCGAUAAUAUCGAUGCUCGACGACAAUUUGUAGCACAACCAGAAAAAUUAGUUUACGUGACAGGCCUAGUUGCACUAAUCGAACUAUGUUACCGCCGCAUUAAAGCUUCGCCAUACCACACCGGAUAACUACCUAGCCACCUAAUGACUAAGCAACGUCAGACCACUACCAAAACGGUAACGCUACAUGUUGGAACUGCUGCCGCUGUUGAUGUCAUUUUGUUUUUGUGUGUGGAAAAUUUAACGUUAGGUGCUGGGUUUUUUUUCUAUGUUGCUAUGUGAAAUCAAUGCACCCAGGAAGGAAGUUUCGCUGAUGCUUCCAAUGAGCAAAAUACUGGACGUAUUACAUGUUAUCAUGAAUGUGCCUGUUGCUACACGCUCACAGAAAAACAGAUGGACGGAAAACCUUAACAUUUUGUCGGAGGCAUUUUAGUAGCGGGCUUUAUAGGCGGGAUAGGUGUACCCCAUUAUGUGCAGUCACGAGCUGCCUCUUUUUAUGUGUUUUUAUAUCUUUAGAACGCACAGAAAAGAGAAAGGCGUGUUCGUGUCUCACAUAAGGAUUGUGGAAAGCGCGCUUUUCCUUUAAGGUUGGGGCACAGCUGUAAUUUGAGAAAUACAGUACAGUACUGACCCGAAUACAAGACAGUAUUCUUUUGAGAAGUAUGAACAGAUCCUGAGCAAAUAACGAUUACGAUGUGAAUUUUAAGCAUACCUGCCAACCCUGCAAUUUUACCUGAGUGGGCCUGGCAUGAUAACAAAUGUUGCUGGUUGAUAAUUGUGCUAUAAAUUAUCGACGAUAUUCGAUAUUGUCGACAACAUUUUUUAGACCAUUUUUUUCCAUUAUUUAUGUUCAUGAGGGGUGUAAUUCACAUCUGAAGCACUGGAUGGUACUCAAGUAUAGUUUACGGUGUACCUGUGUGGGACAUUGGCUUGACACAGAAGUGAAUUUUGUUGAUACAAUAUUUGCCGACCAAACGCCUCAGUAAGCGAUGACUGUCGGGACGAAGACUCCGCUGCCCGAGGCACCUCCAUUGGUAGUUUUUUUUUUCCCAGUUGAUAAAACUGUCUGUGUCUGUCGCACACUGUAGGCCAGUUGUGGGCAAACUUUUUGACUCACAGGCCACAUUGAGUUAAAAAAAAUUAGCAGAGGGACGGGCCGUCUAUACUGUAUAUAGUUGGUCAUCAAACAGAACAACAUUGCAACGAAACAAAAACAAAACACAUCCACAGCAAGUAAAGGCAUCACAUACAUCAACUACUCCUACUACGUGGGUGAUAAACAACAACUAAGCGCUACUAAACAUAACACGUAACCUAAAACUGUUAUUUCCAAAAGCCCGCAAGGCAUGCUGGGUAGUCCAGCGUCAAAAAUAAGAACUAUGAACAAUAAAACACUCGACUUCAAGAGUAUGUUAACCUCCUCCUUGUUUACUUCUCUGCCAACCUGCAAUCUAGCAAAAUUGCGACAAAGACGGCGGGACAACAUUGGGAGAAAGAGUACCGCGAGCUACCCAGCAUACCUUGCAGCAGGAAUAUAUGGGUGUUGUUUUGGCUUUAGUAUUGUGCCUAGAUAUUUAUUUGUAUGUCCACACCAUGCAGUAGGUAGGUUACUUUUUGCGUCGUGUGUGUUGACGUUUGGAUGGCUUUUUUUUUUGUGUGAGCUACAGAUUGCAUCUGACUAUUUUGGCGACUCAAGUGUGCCACAAUAGCACUGCAAGUCAUGUUGCCGGCUGCAGUUUCAAUGUUAAAGGUUUAAAAAAAAAAAAAAAGGAAUUUAGAAAUGUCCCGUGGGCCUGAUUAAGACUCUCUGCGGGCUUGAUGUGGCCCACAAUCCGCAGUUUGCCCACCCCUGCCGUCAGCAGUCUGGUGUUCACAACCAGUUUUUCUUAUUUUCUUGAUAGUUUCCCUUACAUUCAAGAUGCAAACGUUGAGGGUGUAUGACACGACCUUGAGAAGCUAGCGCUAGUUCUCCCUGUGCACUCACUACCACCCCUUGAGGCACAAGCGGGUAUUGCAAGAUGACGUGCCCAAGUGCCGAUUUGUUGCCAAACUUGUCCAAAUGACAAAAUGUUGUCAAAUUGUUGAUCAGAUGGAAUCUUCUGAUUCAUAAUGUUUUUACGCUCCGCUCUGCUUUCCUUCCUAUUCUCACUGGAUAAACUUAUCAGGGUUAUCUUUACUGCGUGUGUGACAAGCACAGACAGUAUUUUGGGUGUGAGGGCACUCUUUGCUGCAGGCGACUGGUCAAAUCAAAAAGCAACACAAACAUGGCUCCGCUCCCUGAAUGUAUUCCUGUAGCGAUAAUGGAUAUAUCGAUUUAAAAAGCCCAGGUCGAUAAUUAUAAGCGCUUGAUAAAUUGACAUGUACGUGUAUUUGUGUGCUCCAUCUGCUCGUCCGUCUGUGCUACACAAGCUGGAAGACAGGACGGUUCACUCGUCAUCUGUGCGCAUUGGUUCUCUCGUGGAACGAAUGCUGAGAGUGAGCUCUCUGUCGUCUCAUUCGGCAUCUUUGUGGAGGCGGGGCUACAAGUGAGCCGAUGCAGGCUGCGACGCAGGAGGACCAAAUUAGCCAUGAGACAGCAUAUGCUAACAUGAAUGGAGGCGCAGAAGCGGUAGUUUCUAAGGCGAACGCAACAAUAUUUGGGUUUUAAACAGAAUGAACAAGGUGACGAACCGAUAUGUCGCAUUUGUAGGAAAGGAGUGACGAGCAAGCAGGGGAACACGACCUGAAACACCUCCAUCCUCUUCAGUUUUACCAACUGAGAUGAAAAAAUACCCUUCGUCCUGACAGCCAAGCUUAGUGAGGCGUUUGGUCGGCAAAGUAAAUAAAAGCAAAAUGGUCCGCACUCACAGUGUGGCUCGCUACAUUGCAAAAGAAACGGAAACUUUCACUACGGUAGAAAAGCCAACAUUUCGGAAAAUGUUUGACAGACAGCACGAAUUGCCUGGGAGAACGGCUUUUUGUGUUUUUGUUUAUGUUUGUUUAAUGUUUUGUAUUUAAAACCUCUUGACAUUCCGAUUCAUUCCGAUGUUAAAUACUCUUGAGUAAAUAAGGUUUGUUGCAUUUGAUACGGUCUACUCGCAUUGGGCCAUGAAAAUCAUGAAAAUCACUGACUGACGCUCACACGGUUACGCUGUACUUGAGUACCAUCUAGUGGUUCAAAUGUGCAUUACACCUCAUGAUCUUUGAAAAAUGGCAUCAAAAAAUAUGACAAAAUUGUCGAAUAUCGUCGAUAUUUUGUCGCACAGUUUGUUAUGGUGACAGCCCUAUAUACAGUGGAUCCCUGCGUAUUUGCAAUUUAGCAUUCGCAUUAUCUUUCAGGACGUCUCUGCGCUCUGCAGAUUUGCAGCUUUUUGAUGAAAAGGUGUUUUCAUUUGCGGGAGAAGCCUGGCCUUUUGUGCUUCUCAUCCACAUAAUGGGCUUGACUUGCACAGAAAGUAGUCAAGGAGGCAAACUUCAGCUUGCUUGAGGAGAUGUUCUGUACACGUAUGCAGUCAGUCAGCUUGAUAUUUACACCCUUAACUCACACAUCGCACACCAACAGGAGCCCAUCUACUCAAACGCCUGCCCCGCCCACGGUGCAACCAAAACUACACACAGUGUGUGGCCAUUUUGGUCAAGUGUCGUCGGCCACGGCACAUUCACACGUAAACAGACAGACGAUGAAGAUUUGAGCAGCGUGUCGAUAGUUUGCGCGGAGGAAGAAACGUGGAGUUGAAAUAGACAACUUGCAGAACAAGGAAUGAAGCCGUAUUUACUCUAACCGUAUCGUUCAGAAACCGACUAUGAACGUGGUGUGUCGGACACUGAGAUGUCUGAUGGUAAUGACGAAGACAUGCGGGUGGCUUCAAAACAGUUGCUUAUCCUUUAGUAAUUGUUUUAAAUGGGCUUCUUAAUGAGCGUAAAGGGGUCUUUGGAGCCUUUUUCAUUGUGUAUUUCGUGGCCUCCACACCUUCAACAUACCUCUGUGAAAGGAUGUUUGAUCACGUAUCAUGCUUUGAAUGCUUGUCGCCAUGGUGGUAUAAAUGAGACUCAACUUUGUCUGCUCUGCGACAACUUUGACGCCGUCCUCUAUAGCAUCAGGAAUAGUGUCCAAGCAUCCAAAAUGCGUUUAUAGCAUACUUUCAAGACAAAUGGUUCUUUCGCAGCAGUCGUCAGUGAAAUGAACGUGAGGCAGUGGUCCAUUUGUCUCUCGUUCAUUGUCAUCUUAAACCUUCGUCUUUUGGAAAAGACCACAAAGCUACAGUAUCGCUCGGACACUGUGAACAUCCAGCGGCAACACGACAUUUUGGUGGAAAAUAAACAGAUCAAAGUCGACGAGAAGCCUGCGCCCGUAGACAUCCAUCUGUGCCGCCGCCACUUCCGGAAACGGCCCUUUACAAAGACGGCUAUCAAUGUAAUGCUUCCCGCCACGUACGAUAUAUGUGACAAAUUUACAGUUUGCUUUCAAAAAAACAAACAUAGAACAUCGUUACAAACAAUAUUGAACAUAUUUAAGCAAAGUUGAUAAAUCAUGUCAGUUACUGCCUGAGAAUAUUUACUUAUCUUGGAAAUUUGACAUUCCCACAUACGUAGUUUGCUCAUGCACCCGGUUGGGAAUCGCUGGAUUCGACACAGGAGCAUGAUCCAUGUGGUGCAGCUUCAUUGUGUGUGUGACUCAUGUUAUUUUGUGAUUGUCCUAUGGGGGGGGGGGCGUUUGAUGACCUGUUGGUUUGCGUUAGUGUCAAAUCUCAUCUCGUCAGUUACUGUUUGCAAAUAGCGCGGCUCUACUGCACUGAGAGCCGCCGGUAAACGAUCAUUUUACGACGCCAUUUCCCUGCUGACCGCUCAAGGUGUGCGCAGAGCUGCAGUUCUAAUGGACAAACACUCCAAACCCGUGUUGCCAACCUGGAAGCAAACUGGCUGACGCAAAGUGAAUCAUGUUGUAAGCGGCCAUAGCAGUCAGUGUGUGAUCGCUUCAAUUCAAAGACUUCCUACUUUAUGAUGAUGCUCUGGAUUUCAUUGUAAUUCUGUGGCUGUUGGUGUUAUCCCACAAGGUGUAUGUGUAAUAUGAUAUCAUACUUUUAUCAAGAAAAUCGGUGAGGUGAAAGUGAAAGUGAGCGUCCUUGUGCGUGUCGUCGUGUUCUGUGGAGGUCGCACGUCCGAACGUCUUCAGCUUCCAAAUCCGCACGUGAUUACGGCGGCGACACGGUAUUAGACUCGAAAGAAGUGUACAAAAAAAGAAACCGCUUGUUAUUUCCAAAAAUGUGCGUCGUCCUGUGUGGUUGUGAUGACGUGGUUAUUCGAUACGCAGAUUGUUUGACCUAUUUGUGUGUUUUUUGAUGGUGUUUGGAUGAGCACAUGUUUGUUGUCAUUUUGGAACUUUUCUCCCCCUCUUUUUUGUAAUUCAAGUUUCAUGAAGUUGUUUUCAUUGCCCCCGAGGGGACAUGGAUAAAAAAAAAAAACUGAUGGGUUAAAAAAAAAUUUGACGUAUUUGCUGGCAAAACAUUUGCGAGAUAACACACGACUUUUGCGAGAUAACGCAAGACUUUUUUGAGAGCUUGUAAAACUUCUGGGAGAUAAUGCAAUAUUUUUGUGAGAUCACGCAAAACUUUGAAGCGAUAACGCAGUACCUUUGCAAGAGCUUGCGAUACUUUUGUGAAAUAACGCUUUGCAAAAGUUCUCGCAAAACAAAAACUUUUGUGAGAUAACGCAAUAAUUUUGCGAGAUAACGCAAUACCUUUGCAAAAAAACAAUACUUUUGCGAGGUCACAAAAGUUUUGUGAGAUAACGCAAAAGCUUGGCAAGAUAACACAAAACUUUGGUGCGAUCUUGCAAUACUUGCGAGAUACUUACAAAACUAUGCGAGAUAAUGCAAUACUUUGUUUCGAGAGCUCACUACCUUUGCAAGGUAACACAAUACUUUUGCGAGAGCUCACAAUACUUUUGCAAGGUAACAAAACUUUUGCGAGACAACGCAAAACAAAGCUCUUGCAAUACUUUUGCGAGACCUGGCAAAAGUUUACAUUCGUGUUUACAUGAAGAGCGUUGUACUUAACGUGUUCAGAGCGGAUGUUUGCGUUGAAACUUCAAAUUAAGAGCAGCACAGUGGUUGAGUUUCUGGAUGAAUGAAUGAAGGCAUUUCCUUUCCGCUACCAGUACUCAAAGAGAUGUGCGUCCAGCAACACUAGCUACAUUGGAUGUUAGCAUUUUAUUUUCAAAAGACGAGCUGAAUAAGCAUCAUUUGAAAGCAUUUCAAACUUGUUGCUAUAUUUGCAGCAUCACUUUAUCCCUCUAUAUUUGUUCAGUAAGGGAUGAGCAAAUGCUUCAGAUGGAAAUGAAAUGAUGAAUUCCCACCCCAUUUUGCAAACGUUUACGAGUUUUUGCAAAUUUUUGCAAACUCUCACAAAAAUGUAUUUUUUUUUGCCCAUCAAUUUCAUUUUUCUCCAAGUCCCCUCGGGGGCUCUGUGGCAGAAUGACACGGCUGCUCCAUGUACAACAAAACUGCCAGUGAAAUCAGUCGCGCAAUAGUUGGCACAAGUCUGCCAACCUGCGCAGUGGGCGGGACUCUCGUGUUUGAUUCAACGCUCUCAAAAUGGUGAUUUGACAAUGUUUCAUUUUGACUGCGUGUGACUCGCAGAAAGAGCACGAGGUGCACAGCCAAUCACAUCUACAGUCAAGUGCACGUAUUGCAGACAGACAAGCUCGCUUUUUAGCCACAUUGGAAUCAGCCCAACCUUGCUAGCAUACAUGCGGUGCACUGCACAGCUGACAUGCUACACUUCCUCGUGCUGUAUCCAAGCCAUUACCUCUCUGUCUACUCCAUAAUGUUUGACAUGUACGUAUGAUCAUGUGCUGCAGCUUGAAGAAGGAUGACAAGUUGCUUGGGAUGAGUCAAUCAUUCAUCGAGGAAUUUGAGGAGGUGUGUCUCCAUGGGGGAGGUAUACAGUAUAUGAAAAAUGCGUUUUUUUUGUGAAUUACUUUUGUAAUAUUUGGUCCUGCCAUAAUAGAUAUUAAACCGUUAUUGCUGCAA